AUGCCUGCCCCAGAUAAAGCACCCAGGACGCUGUACGACAAGGUCCUCAAAGACCACAUAGUAAAUGAGCAGAAGGACGGUACUAUCUUGCUGUAUAUAGAUAGGCACCUUGUGCAUGAGGUCACGUCUCCACAAGCCUUUGAAGGUCUGAAGAAAGCCGGGCGGAAGGUUAGGAGGCCAGACUGCACCCUAGCUACAGUGGACCAUAACAUUCCUACGACUUCCCGUGAAACAUACAAAGAUGUUGCAGGAUUCGUUCAAGAGUCUGACUCUCGACUGCAAUGCAUGACCCUGGAGGAAAACGUCAAAGAGUUUGGUGUUACUUACUUUGGACUCGGCGAUAAGAGACAAGGCAUUGUUCACAUCAUCGGGCCUGAGCAAGGGUUCACCCUACCUGGCACCACCGUUGUUUGCGGUGACAGUCAUACCUCCACCCAUGGAGCUUUUGGCGCAUUGGCAUUUGGUAUCGGUACAAGUGAGGUGGAACAUGUUCUUGCAACCCAGACCUUAAUCACCAAGAGAAGCAAGAACAUGCGGGUGCAAGUAGAUGGCGAGCUUCCACCAGGCGUCAGUAGUAAGGACAUAGUUCUAUACGUGAUUGGCGUCAUAGGAACUGCGGGUGGUACCGGUGCGGUUAUCGAGUUCUGCGGCUCUGCCAUCAGAGGACUUAGCAUGGAAGCGCGCAUGUCAAUUUGCAACAUGUCUAUCGAAGCCGGUGCUAGAGCUGGUAUGAUUGCGCCUGAUGAAACCACGUUUGAAUACUUGAAGGACCGACCUCUCGCUCCAAAGUACGGGAGUGCAGAAUGGAAGAAGGCAGUGGCCUACUGGUCCAGCCUAAAAUCCGAUGACGGUGCCGUUUACGAUAAGGAAGUCUUUAUAGAUGCAAAGGAUAUCGUACCAACGAUCUCGUGGGGAACCUCACCUCAGGAUGUUGUCCCAAUCACCGGUGUUGUUCCGAGCCCUGAUGAUUUCUCAGACGAGGUCAAGAAGGCCAGUUGUUGUAGAGCCUUGGAGUACAUGGGCCUUACUGCUGGUACUCGAAUGGAGGAUAUCCCCAUCGACAAGGUGUUCAUUGGCUCAUGCACAAAUGCGCGAAUUGAAGAUCUUCGAGUUGCUGCUCAUAUUGUGGAAGGCAAGAAGAUUGCUUCGAACAUCAUGCGUGCAAUGAUCGUUCCUGGAUCUGGGCUGGUUAAGCGACAGGCCGAAUCCGAAGGCCUUGACAAGAUAUUUAUUGAUGCCGGAUUUGAAUGGAGGGAGGCCGGAUGCUCCAUGUGCCUCGGCAUGAAUCCUGACAUCCUCUCCCCUCGAGAACGGUGUGCCAGUACGUCAAACAGAAAUUUUGAAGGUCGACAGGGUGCCGCUGGCCGGACACAUCUGAUGUCUCCUGCAAUGGCUGCCGCUGCCGCGAUAGUAGGAAAGCUGGCUGAUGUUCGCAAAAUCGCGUCGUCAAUUCCAAUAUCGCAGAAGAAAUCCUCACCAAGGCUCGAAAUACACGCUGAGGUAACCGACGAGGACGAGCUAGAUCGGAUCCUUGAUUAUCCCGAAGACAAUGAACCCCACACCAACACCUGUGCUGAGAAAACAUCAGCCGGUCUUCCGAAGUUCACAACUCUAAAGGGAAUUGCUGCCCACUUAGACCGAGCCAACGUUGACACAGAUGCCAUCAUUCCCAAGCAGUUUCUCAAGACAAUAAAGCGCACUGGCCUUGGAAGUGCCCUUUUCCACCCUCUCCGAUAUAACGAAGAUGAGUCGGAAAACUCGGAGUUUGUGCUGAACAAGGGGAUAUAUCGCAACGCCAAAAUCCUCGUCAGUGGUGAAAACUUUGGAUGUGGAAGUUCUCGUGAGCACGCCCCCUGGGCUCUGCUUGACUUUGGAAUCAAAUGCAUUAUUGCACCAUCUUUCGCCGAUAUUUUCUUCAACAACACCUUCAAGAACGGAAUGCUUCCGAUUUCCAUUCCUGAUGCAUCUAUUAUGAAGAAGCUAGCCGAUGAAGCUGAUGCUGGCCAUGAACUGGAAGUUGAUCUCAUUAACCAACGUAUCAAUGAUUCUGCAGGCAACAAACUCGCAGACUUUGAUGUUGAGGAAUUCCGAAAACACUGUCUUAUCAAUGGCCUUGACGACAUUGGCUUGACGAUGCAGAUGGAAGGUCUAAUCCGCAGAUUUGAAGGCCAGCGGACACGAGAAACACCGUGGUUAGACGGGAGCGGAUACCUGAAGCGGCAAAAUGGCAAGGAAACAGGCCCAGCCAUGGUAGAAGCCGCUCCUGUUCCCAAGACAAAUAGAGGUGAGGUCAAGGGUGAGCCGUUGGAGUGGUGA